AUGCCUUCUGGACCCCAUUCAUUUGUUAUUCAUUUUCUGAAUUCCUUUCUUUCCUUAUGCCUCUCAGACCCCUCUCAUUUGAUAUUCUUUUCGGAAAACCUUUCUAUCCGUAUGCCAUCUGGGACCCCAUUCAUUUGUUAUUCCUUUGUGAAAUCCUUUCAUUCCUUGUGCCUCCCAGACUCCCUUUCAUUUGAUAUUCUUUUCGGAAACCCUUUCUAUCCAUACGCCUUCUGGGAACACAUUCAUUUGCUUUCUGGGACACCAUUUACUUGUUAUUCCUUCGUGAAUUCUUUUCUUUCCUUAUGCCUCUCAGACACCCUUUCAUUUGAUAUUCUUUUCGGAAACACUUUCUAUCCAUAUGCCUUCUGGGACCCCAUUCAUUUGUUAUUCCUUUGUGAAUUCCUUUCUUUCCUCAUGCCUCCAGACCACCCUUCAUUUGAUAUUCGUUUCCCCUUUCUAUCCUGCCUCCCAGACCCCCUUUCAUUUGAUAUUCUUUCCAGAAACCCUUUCUAUCUGUAUGCCUUCUGGACCACAUACAUUUGUUAUUCGUUUGUAAUUCCUUUCUUCCCCUUAUGCCUCUCUGACCCCCUUUAA